AGGCAAGAAAAAUGAAUAUUUUGCAAUCGGACCGAAUUCAGAAUAUUUUAGUUCGAGAUAUACUGUUAUUUGAAAAUCAGCUAUCUUUGUUUGUCCCCAUCCGCCUAUCGAGCGAGGCCAACGGACCAGACUUUUCAGUGGAAGGCGCUUUAUGGAGUUACAUCAAUGGGAGAACUAGAUUAAUGCUCCAUCCUCAUUUUAAAAGUCCACCUAGGGAGGUAAAUUUGCAUCAUCUUCUAGGCGUCAUGCGUUAUGCCACACGUCCUUCAUUUCUGGAUGACUUGCAUGAUGUCACCAUCUCCUAUUCAGAGUUACCAAGAUGUGCCACGGAGCAUCAAAAUGCCGGGAUUAAAUUUAAGAGAGGCAAAGUUCCUGAACCAUGGAUGGAUAUAGAGUUCAAAAAUGGAAUUAUGAGAAUCCCGCCUUUUAUUAUUGGUGAUGACAUGGAGCUAUUACUCAUAAAUUUGAUUGCAUAUGAGAACUUUUAG